UUAUGACAACUGCACAUAGACCAACAUACAGACCUGCUAUUGGUGGUAGUGAAUAAGGUGGAAACAAAAUGCUUGUUCAUUCAAGAUCCUAUCAUUCAAAAGAUCUACCAGCUUAUUUAAUAUUGAAAAUGAGAAAACCUGGAUAGGGUACAUAGGCAGAAUUGGAAUAAAAGGAUUUUAAGAUGGACUUAAUAAAAAGAGAAGAGGAAGGAAGAAGAUAAAGAGAAUUAAAGGCUUUGGGAGUCUCUGAAACUUCAUUAGCCAUAGAAGCAACAUAAAAAAGUAGAAACAUUUUUUAAAUUAUUAUUUAGAUUAAAAUAAAGAUGUUUAAGAACCUAUGAUAUUAAAAAAAAUUAAAGUAGAAGAAAAAGAUAUUUACCCUUAAGAUGCUGAUGAUAAAGAAUUUAUUAAAUCUUCUGAUGAUGAAGAAGAGAAUGCUUAAAAACCAGAAAAGCCUAUUGUAUAAUAAUAAGAAUUAAAAAUUGAAGAAAGUUCACCUUCCUCAAGUGAUGAAGAAGAUGAUGAUGAAUUAUUAAUGAGAGAGUAUCAAAAAAUUAAAGAAUAAAGAGAAAUUGAAGAAAAAAAGAAAGUAAUUCAUUCAUAUAAAAAUAGUUUAUAGAAAAACAAGAGUAUUUAGAAAAAAAUAGAGAAGAUGAAAUUAUUAAAGGAAAUCCUUUAUUAAUUAGUGAAGAUUAUUCUCUAAAGAAAAAGUAUUAUUUUCAUAAUCAAUUAUUUUAGAUGGUAUGAGGAUACUAUCUUUAAAAAUUAAUCGAGACUAGAAGUAAAAGAAAAACAAAGAUUUAUUAAUGAUGCUGUUAGAAGUGAUUUUCACAGGAAGUUCUUAAAUAGAUAUAUAUAAAUGUGA